GGAAUUUGUGCGCUGACUGCAUAAAAAUGCAAACAAAAACUGUUUAGCAAAUAAGAAAUGGUGUAUCGUGUAUAUUUUUUAUGGACUGUGUGAUACGAUCUGAUACGUUCAGCAUUAAACAAAAACUUAAUAGUGUUAAACUCUCCAAAAAAAGAAGAAGAUAAAAUACUAUCGCUUGUCUGGCUGCUUUAGUUUUUGGCAUGCAAGUCAUGAUCUUGGAUCGAAACCGGCAUCAGCCAUUGCUUUGAUGACGCAUUCGAUUACGAUUACAGCUACGAGUUCGUGUAUCUGAAUCUGUAGGUGUAUCUGUAGCUGUAGCUAUAGCUGUAGGUGUAUCUGUAGCUGCGGCAGUGUUGUCGUGCGAGAUGCUCGUAAAAACGCUUGGCGCGCAAAUUUUGGCAUACCUGGGCAGAGGCAGCUGCCUUCUGCUAACACUGCUGGCCACACUGCAAGCCGGUGCUAUCACCGCUCAUGUGGCCAACAACAGCUCAAUGCCGGCGCCUGUGCCGGCAGCCCAUGAUCCCAGUCUGGUGCUGGUAAACAAGUGCUGUGAGAAGUUCGAGAUACACGUGAACAAUACGUGUCAGCAGGUUAACCAAACUGACUAUUUUCAGCCCAUGUUCACCAGCUACAGCGGCGAUCAGAACAGACCAGUGGCGAAUUUCAAGUUCGUCAUAGGUGUGCCCAACUGUGGCAUCAAGCAGAUGUGGCAUGUUUUGGACUAUGCGGGGAGCUACGAUAAACUGGUACUGCUGGACGAUGGCAAACUGAGACAUUACACCAAUGCCGAGGGCGAUGCCGACGGGCAGCAUGGAGUCCAAACGGACUACGACGAGGAUUUCGCAGAGGCCAACAAGCCGCGUUAUUAUGACUACGAGCAUGGACAGUAUUGCUUGGAUAAGGCUAUUUCACCAGAGCAUAAGCAGAGCCUGUUUGCCCAUAUUUGUUUAGCCAAAAAGGAGAACAAUUGGAACGAGUCCAACUUUUUGUUGCGCAAAAUACUCAAUCCCAUAUUCCACGGCAUAUCGCUGAUUAUAUUACUGAUAAUUGCCAUCGUUUACUUCAUAUUACCCACGCUAAGCAGAGAUCUGGUUGGAAAUAUAGUGACGACAAUUGCCAUGUGCUUGAUGGUCAGCCAGGCGGCGGAUCUUGUCUGCAUAUUUACGGAUUUUACAAAUCACGUCAGCUUCAUUGUGGCAGACAUUAUACUGUGUUUUAGUCUGCUGGCUGCUUUCUUCUGGCUGAACAGUUUUGGCUAUUACAUAUGGAAGACGUUUCGGUCGCGUAAUGUGUUUCUACGCGUCACAGAUGGUCGCAAAUAUUGCUACUAUUCAGCCUAUGCCUGGGGCUGCACGGCUACGAUGGCUGUGCUGGCGGUCUUUGCCCAUUUCUUCUUGGAUGCUGACUCGUACAAGAAGGAGAAUAUGCGGGGCGAGCAGCAGACAAUUGGCUGGCUGGGCAUAUGCAUAUUUUUUGCACCCAUUGCAUGCACCAUCAUCAUAAACAUCUUCUUCUAUGUGACCACACAGAAACUGAUUAAUAGACGCACUGUCUACGGACGCAUAGCGCACAAGCUGAAGGCGAACUUCAUCAUGUUCUCGCUGAUGCUGCUGGUCAUGUCGUUUGCCUGGCUCUUCCUCACCAUGUCCUGGCUGGCCCUGGACGGCCUGCUCUAUGCGCAUAUCAUAGUGAAUGCGUUCCAGGCACCACUGCUGCUAUAUAUCUGUGUGCUCCGGCAGCGUCAUGUGACCUUUCUGCUGAAAAAGUCCUGCUGCUACAAUGAGCCCCCAUCAACGAACGAUUGGGGCGACGAGCUGCACUAUAUGAAUGGCAACGACUAUUAAGAUCGUCCACUUAAAUUAGACUCAAAAUGGGCAACAGCCAAGUUAUAGUUGAAAAAGGGCCAUUUGGUAUCAAUUAGUUGUAAGAUCUAUUCGUAGCUAUGCUAAGUGUUUUUGUAGUUUAACAAUGUUAAACAUUGGAAAUUGUACUUAAAAUCCAACUUAUUUAUAACCGAACAAAUUAAACAAACAAAAGUCUGA